AUGGACAACAAGACAGAGCACACAGUUACAGACGAGGUCCAGCAUAUCGAGGACGACCACAACUCACUCGAAAUGUCCAACGAAAAGCCUACUUUGGUCCUGAAGUCAGAGCAGGAUAAACUUAGUCAAUGGCAGACGGCUUGGAAAUUUCGAAAGGCCGUACUCAUCUGCAACCUCAUGUGUAUUGCAGCAGCAGCAGAUGGAUACCAAAUCAACUUAAAUGGUGGCAUCAUCGCCAAUCAGGGAUUCACUCAAAAACUCGGAUUUCCAAACAGUGAAGGCGUAUAUGCGCUGAAGGCCCAGUAUACUUCCCUGUGGGGAGCUAUGCAAUCUCUCGGUCAACUGCUUGGCCAGCUCCUCCUAAACCCCAUCUCGGACAGGAUCGGCCGAAAGAUGACCUUGUACGUGUUAUGGGUCAUACUGGCUGGCUCUCUCGUCAUUGAAACCCUCGUUCGCGACUGGAGCGAUUGGACUGGCGCCAAGAUUCUUGCGGGUGCUGGUGUCGGCGCCAUUCAAGCAACACUCCCUGUUUAUAUCAUGGAAUGGGCACCAGCCAACAUUAGAGGCGCUAUGACUGUCACAUACGGUUUCUGGAAUACGAUUGGGAAAUUCCUCGCAAACCUAGUUCUCGUGCUGGUUCAGAAGAACAACCCCAUGGACUACAAACUGCCGAUUUUGACACAGUGGGCGCUCUUGGGUAUCAUGCUUCCCAUCUUUAUCUAUCUUCCCGAGACUGCUGCAUACUUUGCUGCCAGAGGCCAAGACGAGAAAGGCAAAGCGACCCUUCGUCGCGUGAAUGGCAAUGUAGAGGGCUAUGAUGUCGACGCCGAGUAUGCUAUUAUCAAGAAUACCAUCCUGCAUGAGCGCGCGAUCGAUGAAGAAAUAGGAGGCGCAAGAAUAAGCUAG